GUUUAAAAACAAAAAAUACUCCAGCGUCGAUAGUCGGUUUAGAUGAUGAUUGAAAUCUGAAGAUCUAUCUAGGUUUAUGGUGCUCUGACUUAUCUAGAUCACCCAAGUUUUUACGACAGAUAAUUACUAUUGUUCUCGAAAUCCUGCACUCUCAUUCAUCCCAGGAAUCUUGGUUGUUGACCUUGAUUGAAUAUGGCUAAUAAACCUCAAAUCCCAACAAAGAAUUCUGCACUUAUUGCUGUUAUUGCUGAUGAGGACACUGUUACCGGCUUUUUACUUGCUGGAGUUGGUAAUGUUGAUAUCCGGAGGAAGUCAAACUACCUUAUUGUGGACAAUAAAACAACGGUGAAACAAAUUGAGGAAGCAUUUAAAGAAUUCACAACAAGGGAGGACAUAGCAAUUGUAUUGAUCAGUCAAUAUAUUGCAAAUAUGAUAAGAUUUCUGGUUGAUAGCUACAACAAACCAAUUCCAGCUAUUUUGGAGAUUCCGUCCAAGGACCAUCCCUAUGAUCCUGCUCAUGAUUCCGUACUUUCAAGGGUGAAAUACCUUUUCUCUGCUGAAUCAGUUGCGUCAAGCAGAUAUUAGGGUUUAGGCAUAUUGAUAUGCCCUCGAAUGUUGAAUGCUUUGAAUUUUAAACCCGAAAACUGUUCACAUUCUGAGUUGAUAUUCCAAUGUUUAUUUUUUAAAAAUAAAACGUGUAAUUAAUUCAUUACAUUUAAUUUCCGAUUUUGAAUGAUUUUAUCUUUGUAUGAAUAUUUAAGCAAUUUCAUGAUCAUACUUUUUAGUCGGGAUAA